UUAUAUAUAUUAAUUUAUUUUCAAAAAAUGAUUACUUAAUGGACACACAAUAGUUCAAUGAAAUUGAUAUCAAAAAAGUUAUUUUAUAUGAUUACGAGAAUAUAAUUGUGCCGAAAAUGCCUUAUGUUUAGCUAUUGGUGUGAAUGAUGGCAACGGAUGACAACCCGCGUGAAGACAUUUUAUACCCGACCGAUGAGUUCCUCUUUGAGGCCCACAUCUCAAGUCUCGAUGAGUACCGCAAACUGUAUGUGAAGUCCAUCGAAGAUCCCGAAGCCUUUUGGAUGGAUAUCGCGAAUGAGUUCUAUUGGAAGCGAUCGCCAAACAAACCAUUGGUUUCCUAUAACUUCGACGCAUCCAAAGGACCCAUUCGUGUGAAAUGGUUGGACAGCGCCCUCACCAACAUGUGCUAUAACGUGUUGGACAGGGUUGUCGACAAGGGACUGGGCGAUCGAGUUGCCUAUUACUGGGAAUCAAAUGAUGACAAUUCGCACCGAAUAGUCACUUACAAUGGUUUACUGCGAGAUGUCUGUAGGUUCGCGAAUGCACUCAAGAGUUUGGGCGUCAAAAAGGGGGACAGAGUUGCCGUCUAUAUGUCGGUCUCCAUAGAGCUGGUGGUUGUCAUGCUGUCCUGCGCCCGGAUCGGUGCCAUUCACACCGUUAUUUUCGCCGGAUUUUCGGCCCCAGCACUGGCCGACCGUAUAAUGGAUGCCAAUUGUAUACUAUUAGUGACGGCCGACGGCGCCUACAGAGCCAACAAAUUCAUACCAUUGAAGUCUAUCGCGGAUUCAGCCCUAGAAAUAUGCAAAAGAAUGAACCAUAAAGUGAUAGCUACUAUCGUGAGCCCACACCUAAAACUGUACACCGCUCACGGUAUGGACAAUAAUGCGACCAUUAAUUACGACCCAAAAGUGGAUAUACUGUGGAACGACAUUAUGAAAAAUGUGUCCGAUUCGUGUGAACCCGAGUGGAUGGAGGCUGAGGACACACUUUUCAUACUAUACACGAGUGGAAGUACUGGAAAGCCUAAAGGGAUCGUACAUACGAUCGGCGGUUAUUUACUCUACGCAUACAUAACAUUCAAAUACGUAUUCAAUUACACGGACGGAGACGUG